UCCGGACGCAGUUCAACCACAACCACAGCAUCAAGCCACCGGGCGCAAGGCGCCGGCUGCUUCCCGCCUCUCGCCGCUGCGAGCGCGGGCGGCCGGGCGGGCGCCAUGCGGAGCCGGGCGGAGGUGGAGGCCACGCUGCGCACCGCCAAGCUGAGCCCCGCCGAGCUGCUGCCGGCCGCGCAGUGCCUCAGCUUCGGGCCGGGGGCGGCCGGCGCCGGGGAGUGCUGCCUGCUGCAGUUGGAGCCCGGCCUCUGCGCCCAGCUGGAGGCCGGGGCCAGCCUGGUAAUCCGUGGUGAAAAGGAUGAACAAGCAGUGUUGUGCAGCAAAGAUAAAACUUACGACAUGAAAAUAGCAGAUACCUCAAAUAUGCUGCUGUUUAUUCCUGGUUGCAAAACUCCAGAAGAGCUGAAUGCAGAUGAAGCAUCUGGCAGUGUUAUUCAUUCACAGAUUGCUGGCUUCUCCAAUAACUAUUGGGAGUUGCGGAGAUGUCGGCCUAAACUGAAGAAACUGAGGAAGCUUCUAAUGGAAGAUCCAUAUGAAGGACCAGAUAGUGGGAAAGAUCAGACUUCAACAGUGUCACAUUAUACAACAGAAGAUUUGUUAAGUAUGGUUCAAGCAAGUGAAGAAGAAAUAAUGCACCAGUUGCAGGUUUUAGAUGCCUGUAAAAUUAAAGGAUAUUGGAGGAUUUUAGAAUUUGACUAUGAGAUGAAACUCUUGAAUCAUGUGACUCAGCUGAUAGACUCGGAGUCCUGGUCUUUAAGUAAGGUUCCCUUACGUACAUGUCUUGAGGAGCUUGGACCUCUAGAGCCCACAGAGAUGAUAGAACAUAUUCUUUUAAGCUAUGGAAGGAAAUACACCGAUGAUGCAGGGGAGGUUUAUUUUGAAAUGCGUGAAGAUAAAAUAUGCAGAGCUAUAGCACAAAUGCUUUUGCAAAAUGCAGUUAAAUUCAAUCUGGCGGAGUUUCAAGAAGUCUGGCAACAAAGUGUCCCUGAGGGGAUGACAACAAGGCUUGAUCAACUUAAGGGCUUGGCUCUUCUGGAUAAAAACUCAAGACCAGAGACCAUCUUCCUGCUAAAAGUAGAAGACUUACCUGAAGAUAAUCAGGAAAGAUUCAACAGCUUAUUCAGCGUACGGGAAAAGUGGACAGAAGAGGAUAUAACCCCUUAUAUACAAGACUUAUGUUCAGAGAAGCAGACAGUUGGUGCACUUCUGACAAAAUACGCUCGCUCCUCAAUGCAGAACGGUGUUAAAGUUUAUAAUUCCAGAAGACCCAUCUCAUAACAAACACUGUUUUAAAAACUGAGACUUCUGAAUGGAGUAACAGUGAAUGCUGUUUCAUCCUGCCUUCUGGGGGAAGGAGUUGUCAAAUGUUAUGUGGCAUUCUUGAGUUGAAGCAGCUGAGUUUCUUGAACAAGUUCUGUUUUCUGCACAGCUAUGUAGAAUGUAAGGGGGGAAUUUGCCUCUUCUAAAGCAUAGUGUCUGCAGCCUGUUCCCACUUUACCUUGCCCACCUUCUUUUUCCUUUGCAUUAUAGUUAUGCCAGGAACUACUUUUUGAGUGUACUUUAGCUGUCUAUCCGUAAACCAAAGACUACCGUUAAAAAUUAAAACCUUAUUGAUAAUAAUUGAAUUAACUGUAUCACAUACAUUUCAACAGCAAAACAGAAUGCUUAAUUUUUUGUCCAUUAUUGAGCAUUCUUAAACAUGCAGAUUUUGUUACUGUGUUGACAUUUGGAGUACUACGUGCCUUGACAAGCUCGUGAAUGAGUUAUUCCUGACUGAGGCUACGCUGGUCAUUCUUUUGGAAACUGGUUCUUUUGUAGUCAUACCUUUGUGAAUAAGAUUGGCGCAAACCCUUGACAUUUUAACACUUGGCAAAAUUGCCUUUUAAAUAUUACAAAGAAAAUAUCGCAUAACAAUCAGGUUUGUAAAAUCAAGCUUGAAGAUGUAAGAGACUUGUUUUGUGAAGUUCCUAUAAACUGCUGUUAGAAUGUAGUUGAUCUAAAAUUCGUCUUUUACAGAAUACUACCUUUGCUUUAAAAAGAACUUGUAAAACUUUGUAAUGGGACUUUCUAAAAUUUUGGUAGGGAAAGUAACUGCACAUAACAAUUGUGCCUUGAAAACAUUAUGUUUUGAAUAUUACUUUGUUUGGAACGAUGAAACAAACAGAAAUUUGCUAUGAUAUUUGCCAUAAAAUAGAGUGCCUGAAAUCGAAGUUUCUUGAUUAUUUAAAAAAAGGUUUGCAUUAGUCAGUGAACCAGUUUAGUAUUAAAUAUUUUUCAAAUAUUUUUAACUGAACUAUUGUGGUGUUUGGUUUUUUUACACAACAAUUUUGCUGCAUCAUACUCAGAUGUAAGGUAUAAAAAAUCUUGGAAUAUAUAGCUUACUAAAUGUAUGGUGAGCAGUGGAGAGAGAAAGAAGCUAAAAAGUGUAACUACUAAAAUGGAUUUUGCAUCCUUGGGAUUUUGUUACAGAUUAAAAAAGUUGAAUAAAAAACCUACUUGAUUGA